AUGCCACAACACCGUUCCGUCAAACGGGUCAUGCUCAAACCCUACAAACAUUGGGUCGGAGAUGGUUUCAACGUCUACCCAGUCUUUGCCGAUUUGGCCUUCAAAGAUGAAUUGAGUCCCUUGCUCAUGUUCGAUUACGCCGAGCCAAAGCAAUUUGGAAGCAAAUUGGGUCAACCACGUGGAGUUGGUCAACAUCCUCACCGAGGCUUUGAGACUGUCACCAUUGCCUUUCAAGGCGAGGUCGAACACAGGGACAACAAGGGAAACAAGGGUAUUAUUGGUCCUGGAGAUGUCCAAUGGAUGACGGCCGGAAGAGGCAUUGUGCAUGAAGAAUACCAUUCCCCUAAAUUUACCAAGGAAGGUGGAACCUUUGAAAUGUGUCAAUUGUGGGUGAACCUUCCAAAGAAGCACAAAAUGACCAAGCCUCGUUAUCAACCCAUUCUCAAUGAGCAAAUCCCCAGCGUUCCAUUGCCCCUGGGAGCCCCCGAAGAGGAACAACUUGGUCAUGUCCGAUUGAUUGCCGGAGACUUUGCAGAUGCCAAGGGAAAGGCCAAGACCUAUUCUCCCGUCAACAUGUGGGACGUGAUUUUGCCCCACGCUGGAGCCGAAGUGGAGAUCCCGUACCCGUCGGACCACAACUGCAUCGUCUUUGUUCGUCGGGGAGGUGUCGAAAUUAUGAGCGGCGAAGAGGGCAAGGGUAAGACUUCCAAACUUGGACCACAGGACGUUGCCUUGAUGCACCUUGAUGGAAGUGAUAGUCUCAAGGUCCGUGUGGAUCGACCAGACACGUCGAUCAUGAUCUUGGGAGGAGAACCACUGAACGAACCCAUCGCGGCCCAAGGUCCAUUCGUCAUGAACACAUUUGAUGAGAUCCGCAAAGCCAUGACUGACUACCGCGCUGGAAAGUUCUAA